UUGUUUUUGUUUUCAGGAUUCCGCAAAAUCAGCCUCGACGAUCUGCGGAAGGCCUACAUCGUCAAGGAUGUGCAGCAGUACAUCCUUCACCGGCUGGACCAGGAGGAGGCCUUGAGGCAGCACCUAACCAAGGAGACCGCUGAGAUGCUCAACCAGCUUCACAUCAAAAGCAGCGGCUGUUUCCUCUACCUGGAACGCGUUCUGGAUGGCGUGGUGGAGAACUUCAUCAUGCUUCGGGAGAUCCGUGACAUCCCAGGCACUCUCAAUGGGCUCUACCUGUGGCUCUGCCAAAGGUUGUUCGUCAGAAAACAAUUUGCCAAAGUUCAGCCCAUUCUUAACGUAAUCUUGGCGACUUGCAGGCCACUUACAGUCAAAGAACUGUACCACGCAGUCUGGACCAAAAACAUGACAUUGACCAUGGAGGAGUUUCAGAAAAAGAUGGACAUUCUCUCCAAGUUGUUGGUCGAUGGCCUUGGGAGUACUAAAAUCCUUUUCCACUACAGUUUUGCAGAAUGGUUGCUGGAUGUGAAGCACUGCACUCAGAAGUACCUGUGCAAUGCAGCAGAGGGCCAUCGGAUGUUGGCCAUGAGCUACACCUGUAGAGCAAAGCAGCUGAAACCUCUGGAAGUGCAGGAAUUUGCUCUGCACCUCGUCAACUCCAACCUGCAGAUUGAGCCCUGUAAUCUUGCUCUUUGGAUGGUCUGGAAUGGAACUCCCACUAAAGACUCUCUGAGCACCUCCAUACCAAGAGAGCAGGAAGUUCUGCAGCUUCUGGUCAAAGCUGGUGCUCAUGUGAACAAUGAAGAUGAUCAUGCUUCAUGCAUUGUACAGCAAGCCCUAGAGCGAGAGGACUCGAUAAGAACAUUACUUGACAACGGGGCUUCUGUAAACCAGUGUGACUCUAAUGGAAGAACUCUACUGGCCAAUGCUGCAUACAGUGGAAAUCUUGAUGUGGUUAAUUUGCUCAUAUCUAGAGGGUCGAACAUGGAGUUGGAAGACAACCAUGGACAAACGGCGCUUACUCUAGCUGCGAGGCAGGGUCAUACCAAAGUGGUCAACUGCCUUAUUGGUUGUGAAGCAGAUAUAAACCACACGGAUCAUGAUGGGUGGACCGCACUCCGCUCUGCAGCUUGGGGCGGACACUCUGAGGUUGUGUCUGCUCUUCUUUAUGCUGGAGCCAAAGUGGACUGUGCUGAUGCAGAUGGUAGAACUGCACUGAGGGCGGCGGCUUGGGGAGGCCAUGAAGAUAUUGUGUUAAAUCUUCUUCAGCACGGAGCUGAAGUCAACAAAGCAGACAAUGAAGGAAGAACGGCUCUCAUUGCUGCAGCAUACAUGGGGCACAGAGAAAUUGUGGAGCACCUGCUGGACCACGGAGCUGAAGUUAAUCAUGAAGAUGUCGAUGGGAGGACUGCCCUGUCUGUGGCUGCUCUCUGUAUUCCUGCUAGUAAAGGUCACGCAUCUGUUGUGAGCCUUCUGAUUGACAGGGGCGCAGAGGUUGACCACUGUGACAAAGACUGCAUGACUCCCCUGCUUGUGGCUGGCUAUGAAGGACAUGUGGAUGUAGUUGAUUUGCUCUUGGAAGGCGGCGCUGAUGUGGAUCACACAGACAAGAAUGGGCGCACCCCUCUCCUGGCAGCUGCAUCAAUGGGCCAUGCGUCUGUGGUCAACACGCUACUUUUCUGGGGAGCCGCUGUGGAUAGCAUUGACAGCGAGGGAAGGACGGUGCUGAGCAUCGCCUCGGCUCAGGGAAAUGUGGAGGUGGUCCGAACUCUGCUGGACAGAGGGCUGGAUGAGAACCACAGGGACGACGCAGGCUGGACCCCGCUACACAUGGCUUCAUUUGAGGGCCACCGGCAAGUGUGCGAUGCUCUUAUUGAACAAGGUGCUCGCUGCUCAGAGGUGGAUAAUGAUGGUAGAAUACCACUGAUAUUGGCUGCACAAGAAGGACAUUAUGACUGUGUGCAAAUUCUCCUGGAGAACAAGUCAAACAUUGACCAGAGGGGGUACGACGGAAGGAAUGCUCUCAGGGUAUCUGCACUUGAGGGCCACAGAGACAUUGUUGAACUGCUGCUGAGCCAUGGUGCUGAUAUAGAUUGUAAAGACGCAGAUGGUCGCCCAACACUUUACAUAAUGGCACUUGAAAAUCAGCUGGCCAUGACGGAGUAUUUCCUUGAAAACGGUGCGAACGUUGAAGCUUGCGACACGGAGGGCAGGACAGCCCUCCAUGUAUCCUGCUGGCAGGGACAUGUUGAGAUGGUGAGGCUGCUCAUCAACUACCAUGCUGACGUGAACGCCUGCGACAAUGAGAAGCGAUCCGCUCUGCAGUCUGCAGCGUGGCAGGGCCACACCAAAGUGGUUCAGUUUUUGAUAGAGAAUGGAGCGCAUGUGGAUCAUACGUGCAACCAGGGAGCAACUGCUCUGGGUAUAGCUGCCCAGGAGGGACACAUCGAUGUCGUGCAGAUACUGCUGGAAAACGGCGCAGACCCCAACCACGCUGAUCAAUUUGGCCGCACGGCAAUGAGAGUGGCAGCAAAAGGUGGCCACUCAAUGAUCAUUAAAAUCUUAGAAAAAUACGGAGCCACAACAUUAAAUGGCUGCAACCCUUCCCCCGUUCAUACCAUGGAGGAGAAAACACCUUUGGCAGUGACCGGCAAAAUGCAUUCCCUCACCAUUAAAUCGAGCAGUUCUGGCAGCACAGGGGUGGGAGACGUGCAGUCAUCUGGACGCUGUCUCCCUGACGGACCCGUCCAUGCUUUCAGCUCGCCAUCAGAAUCUCCCGACUCCACUGUGGACAGACAGAAGUCAUCCCUAUCAAACAAUUCCCUCAAGAGUUCAAAAAACUCCUCUUUAAGAACCACGUCGUCCACGGCUACAGCUCAAACUGUACCUAUUGACAGUUUCCAUGGAAUGACGUUUACAGAGCAGAUUCAACAGCACUCACUGCCUCGGAGCCGAAGCAGACAGUCGAUUGUGUCCCCUUGCUCUACAACAAAGUCCGUCAAUCAGCAGCCAUCGUCUCCAUCCAACGAAUUUGAAUGGUCUCAGCUGAAGUCAGGUCUGAAGUCGGCAAAGGGAACUAAGACAGGAAACGGAACUCAAAACAGCAAAGCAGCUCUAGGAGACAAGAAGAAAACAAAAAACAGUGGAUCCAGCCAAGGCCAGGUUUUGGAGUACGAGAUGACCCAGUUUGAUAAGAGAAUGGCUUUCAACCAGUCAGUUGCCAAUAUUGCAGUGAAGGAUCCUCACUGUAAGAUCAUGAUCGGUGGUUCCAUGCAACAGGACAGAGGCCAGUGCCAAGACCCGUUCUUCAUCCAGCCACAGAGCUGCUCAGAGAAGAAAAGGAACGGGAUUAUGACCAACCCCAAAUAUCACCUACAGGGUAACCAGGUCUUCUUGGGUCGAGUGUCAGUUCCACGGACUGUGCAGAACAGGGGCCACCAGGAUGUGUUAGAGAACUACCCCAUUGGGGAAACAGAGCUGAGCCUUAAACAAGCCCUGAAGCUGCAGAUUGAAGGAUCCGACCCAGGGUUUAACUACAAAAAGGAGACUCCGUUAUAGCUGAUGUUCUGACCACCAUCCAUCAUGCUGACAUUGGGGAGAAUGUGCCAAAGCAACAGUUUCCGUCUGCAUAACAAAACUACAUUGAAUUCCCCCCAUCCUCCCUUCGUGGGACGCCAUAAAACAACUCUCUGCCUGCAGCGUAUGUGAACUGAUACUUUGAUGUGCCUACAUCUGUUACAGCCUUCUGUUUUCAUUCAAAAUAUCAUUUUAAUUUAAUGUUACUAUUUAAUAAGCCGUGUAUGCACUUUUAAAAUAAUAAACUGACAGACAUACAUGUUUUUUCCCCUUCGCUUUGUAUCCCAUUCAUGUUUUAUGAGCUGUUUGAGAAGAAACAUGCCAAUUCUUUCAUUAUUAUUUUGUAGUAUUUUGUCUCACUGACAGCAGUGUACCAGUGGGUGCAUUGUUCCAAACAGACAGUAACUGAUGUCAUGGUUGUCAUUCAUCGCCUUUCUAGAGACCCCAAAUAAUCUGUGUUACCUUUGAUCAGAGUGCUAAAACCUUUUGUUGCGUGUAACAUUUUAAAAGCAGUUUACUUGGAUAUAAGGCGUAUUUAUUUUUUAGGAAAACAAGCCACUUUUGUUGCAUUUUUAUUUGUGUUGCAUUCUACCAUGGUGCUGUGUUCAGAAGAUGCCUGCAGACAUUUUGGGACUUUUUUUUGCCUUUUAAAUAUCUGAGCAGGAGGGAGGUUCAUUUAUAAUGUAAAACAAAUUUGAUUUCGUCCCUAUGGGAUUUUUCUGUUUUUAUAUUGUAUGUAUGUGUGUGUGUGGUGUUUUUAUGUGCAAGAGUAUUUAAGUAACCGUUGUGUAUCGUCAGCAAGGUUUUGGUGCUAAAUG